AUGCGUUUUCUUGCAAUACUCUUACUCGUAGUGUUCUCAUGUUUUAGUGCUGAAGCACUAAGAAAACGAGACCUUCAACGGGCUCAUGCUGGCUAUUGUCCAAUGCAUAUGAUGAUGUGCGCCAUUUAUUGUCCACCUAAUCAAAUUAAUUUAAUGGAUGCAAGACAAAUCAGUGGUUGCACAAGAGAUAGCCAAUGCGCUGCUGAUGAAAAAUGCUGUAGACCAGCUUGUGGAUGUACCAACAAAUGCACUAAAGCUGUAGCAAAAUCUGGAUUUGACAUAUUAUCUGGAAGUCUAAAUGUUUAA